AUGCGUACUCCAAUCGCCCUGCUCCUCUCUCUCGCGUCCCUCCUAGUCGUCCGCGCCAAAGAGGCGGAUCUCAUCCGCAUUGUUAUCCAAGGGGAGGAUACCGGGCCCCACCAUCUCGCCAUUGGCGGUACCGGUGCCGCUCAAGGCCUACACAAGAUCCUGACCUUCAAAUACAUGUCGCCAAGCGAUUAUCUGCUUCUCUACGUCGACGACGACCCUAAGAAGACCGAAUCUUCUUGGCUUUCGGGAAAAGGCGCGUUCACUUGGAUCGCAAAAGACGCCCCACCUGUGAAUUGCUGGAUCGAGGGAACGCUCGACCAAGCACCUGGUGACUCUUUCCGGCGCGUCCGUUGGGAGAUCGCUAAGCCGGAUGAUCCCUACAAGGUAGCUUGCGACGUGCAGUUCGGACUGUCGCUGAAGUGCGGGGGGGAGAUGAAGUGUGCCGACCCGAAGCGCUUGAUGGAGAUCGCUUAG